AUGAUAAGGCGAAUGCUAAAGGUGAUUAAAAUGCAAAGUUUGACCAUUACUAAAAAAAUCAAAUUUAGGGCCACAAUUCAAACUCAAGAUAAAACGGUGAUAACGGAGAAUGCUGUACUGCGAGCUGUCUAUGUUGCUUUUCAUGCCUUGAUUUAUGCUGUUAAGAACAAGCGAGACAAGGUAACUGCAUUUGUUGCUGUGAUUGAUGAAAAAUGCUAAUGA